AUGGCUAAAUCAAAGAGACGCAACAACAAGACCCGAGCCAACGCUAGUAGGCCAAUGUCGCAGCAGCAACCCAUGACAGCACCUGGCGAUCCAGCAGUGCAUCCCACCACAACGGCCCCAUCGUCGUCUCCAUUUCAACCACUCAACAUGUUUUUCCAUCGAUCCCGCAAUUCUCGUUAUUCAGCUAUUCCCCAGCAACCACAGACACCCCCACCUACCACCACCACCGCUGAUUCUUACUUCACUACCAAUGCCGCCAAUGUUUUGAUCGACAUGGGAUAUGAUAGCAACACCACCACACCCACAACAGGCACCACCCUCAAUACCAGUAGCACCACCAAUGGCAAACCCGAUGGGCUUAUGAACAUUUACAAUUCGGAUGUGGAUACCGCCGGGUCCCGCCGGGAUUCGAUUGAGGAAGAUGUAUGCUUUCCCAAUGCAGAUGAAAAGAAUAGCAGUGGAAUCGAUUUUGAUGUACUGGAAGAGUUCAUUCGAGAAGAGCAACGCACCAAGGACCCACCUAGACGUAGACGCCUUUCCAACAUGUCAAGGAAGCUUAAUGGUUACUAUGGCGACCGACUCAAGUAUCCAGAAGAUCAUGAUACAAGCUAUCGCAUCACCUAUUAUUCGCCAUCCGAACCAUCCAGCAUCCAUGCUCGAUCAUUGAGUGAAAUUCCAUCGCAUGGCGAGCGUCUUGUGACCAUGAUGAAAAAGGGUUGCUUUUGGAUCGACAUUCUCUCUCCAACCGAUGCUGAAAUGAAAGCACUUGGAAAGAUUUUCCAUAUCCAUCCACUCACGAUUGAAGACAUCACUAUGGAAGAACCUAGAGAAAAAUGUGAGGUCUUCAAGAAUUAUUACUUUAUUUGCUUCCGCAGUUUCGAUCAAGACCCAUAUUCCGUCAGCUAUCUGCAACCAUUGGACGUGUAUAUUAUCAUUCUAAAAGAAGGCGUAUUGACGUUUCAUUUCAGGCCAACGCCUCAUCCAUACAGUGUUCGUAAACGUAUUAAACAACUAAAAGACUACAUCCAUGUGACGCCAGAUUGGAUUUGCUAUGCCAUUCUUGACGACAUUACUGACUCGUUUGCACCAUUGAUACGCACCAUUGAAUUUGAAGUUGAUUCUAUCGAUGAACUUGUAUUGAUCCUCAAGGAAUCGGAACAAUCAGAUAUGUUACGGCGCAUUGGGUAUUGUCGCAAGAGGAUGAUGGGUCUUUUGAGAUUACUGGUAUCCAAGGCGGAUGUGAUCAAGACAUUGGUGAAGCGUGGUGAGACUCAAGCCAUGGAUGGUGGAACGCGUCCGGCACUUUCAAGUGAGGUUGCAUUGUAUCUCGGUGAUGUUCAAGAUCACAUCAUUACCAUGCUGCAGUCGUUGAACCAUUACGAAAAAAUCUCGUCACGCUCACACUCGAAUUACCUUGCACAAAUCUCUAUUGAAAUGACACAGACCAACAAUGAAAUCAACGACGUUCUUUCAAAGUUGACAGCACUUGGUAGUGUCCUUAUACCCAUGAAUCUUGUCACCGGCCUUUGGGGAAUGAAUGUCCAAGUGCCUGGACAAUUUCAGGAGGAUUUGACUUGGUUCCUUUGCAUCAUGUCGUCAAUUCUCUUUUUCUGUAUCUGUUCAACAAUGCUGAUGCGGUAUUACAAUAUUGUAUAG